CUAAUCGGUCCUUUGAUUUUCAAAUGAAGCAUUCGAAAGAUUUUCAAAAUAUUAGUGAAAAAUCAACUUGAUAUUCUAUGUUGGCAAAAAUUAUCUACGCUCUUGUUUUGUUGUUCCCCCCACUUAUCAACGGUUUUUCUAUUUGAUAUUCUAACAGCUAGCAAGCAGGUUUCUUCAAAGAAAAAUGUUUCUGCCUUUUCCCUACUUUCAAAUUCACUUUUGAAAUCAGUUUUCGUCUACAGGGUGUUUCAUCUGAGGGUAUUUUGUUUAAUUGAAACUUAAAAGUGUCAGUUAAUUUUUAUCGAAGAUGCCUCCCAAAAAGCGACCAGCCAAGGCAUCUGCCUCUAAAGAUGAUGAUAUUGAAGAUGUUCCUGAAUCAGAAAUUGGGGAUUCCAAUAAAAAUGAAUCUGAUGAGGAUGAAGAAGUUGCUGAAAAUUCUCCUGAAAACCAGAAGAAAAAAACCCAAUCUAAAAAAGAAAAAUCAAAAGCAAGUACUAAAAGUGUAGAAGAAAAGAAGACCAACCCCAGGUCAAAAAAGCCUGCUGAAGAAAAAACGAAAGCUGAAACAAACACAGAAACUGUUGAAGGAAAGAAACCCAAAGCUAAGGUGGGAGAUAAAAAAGUAACAAAAGAGCCCAAAGAUGAAAAAGAGGGUGAGAUCAAACCAAGAAAAAAAAAACCUAAGACUGAAAGCAAGGCUGAAGCAGAAGUUCCUGAAGAACUCCCAAAAAAGACAAAAACUGGAAAGAAAGAUGAAAAAGAAAAGCCUGCUGAAAAAGAGAAACCUGCUGAAAAAGCACCAAAGAAAAAGAAAGAAACAGCAACAGCAAGUAAAGAGAAAAAAGGUGAAAACAGUAACGUUGCUGAAACAGAUUGGGAAAAAAUUGAUUUCACUAGCAGCAAAAAGAACGGUGAAGGUAAACUAAGUAAUUUGAAGAUAACCACAUGGAAUGUUGAUGGUAUAAGGGCUUGGUUGAAAAAGGAUGGCCUCAAGAUAUUAAUAUAUGAUUCACCUGAUAUCCUUUGUCUGCAAGAAACCAAGUGUAACAAAGAAUUCAUACCAUCUGAAAUCGCCGAUAUUGAAGGAUAUCAUAAAUAUUGGUGCAGUAGUGACAAAUACGGUUACGCAGGUGUUGGCUUGCUAACGAAGGAAGAACCCAUUGAACUCUCUUACGGAAUUGGUAAUGCAGAUCAAGAUGAAGAUGGUAGAUGUAUUACAGCAGAAUUUGAAGAAUUCUUUUUAGUAACAGUUUAUGUUCCAAAUGCAGGGAAAAAACUUGUGACCUUGGACAAGCGUCUCGAUUGGAAUGAAGCUUUCAAGAAUUUCAUUUUAGAACUUGAUGAUGUGAAGCCUGUCAUCAUAUGUGGGGAUAUGAAUGUAGCUCAUGAUAAAAUCGACCUAACAGAUCCCGAUACGAAUAACAAAAAUGCAGGUUUUACAUCAGAGGAAAGAGAAGGGAUGACUGAUUUGUUAGAAGCCGGUUUUGUGGAUACCUUUAGGGCUUUUUAUCCUAAACAGAAGGAUUGUUACACCUUCUGGACCUACAACAACAGUACCGCACGGAAGAAAAAUAUUGGUUGGAGAUUAGACUAUUUUCUUGUGUCUGAACGUAUCAAAAAUAAAGUGUGCGAUAAUGUUAUUCAUGGUGAAGUAUUUGGUUCAGACCACUGUCCUUUAACUUUGUUUCUUAAUAUUUAAAACUGCUUAUUAAAACAUAUUUUUCUAGAA